AUGAACAAGCGAUUGUUCAUGCGCAUUGUUUAUCGACUCUCCAACGAAGUUGACUUCUUUCGCCAAAAGCCAGAUGGUCUUGGCAGGCUUGGUCUCUCAGCACUCCAAAAGUGUACAACUGCCAUUCGUCUCUUGGCAUAUGGUAAUGCGACUGAUACGGUUGACAAAUAUCUCCGGCUUGGUAAAACUACAACUCGGUCAUGUUUGGAGAAUUUUGUGGAAGGAGUAUUUGAUUUGUUCGGUGAUGAAUACCUAAGAAGAUCAACACCAGCUGAUCUUCAACAUCUAUUUUAUGUUGGAGAGCAUCGUGGAUUUCCCGGGAUGAUAGGAAGCAUCGAUUGUAUGCAUUGGGAGUGGAAGAAUUGUCUCACCGCUUGGAAAAAUACAUUAAAUGAUAUCAAUGUUCUUGAUCGUUCACCUAUUUUUGAUGACAUAAUAAACGGUCAAGCUCCGCAAGUCACUUACUCCGUCAAUGGAAGAGAGUAUCAUUUGACUUACUAUCUCACCGAUGGUAUUCACCCGAAAUGGGUAACUUUUAUCCAAUCUAUUCCAUUACCCCAAAGCCCGCAAUCAGUUUUAUUUGCUCAACGUCAAGAAGCUGUCCGAAAAGAUGUCGAGCGUGCUUUCGGAGUCUUGCAAGCUCGCUUUGCCAUUGUUAAAAAUCCGACACUUUUUUGGGAUAAAGUCAAAAUUGGAAAGAUUAUGAGAGCAUGUAUCAUACUCCAUAAUAUGAUAGUAGGAGACGAACGGAUGAAUAUACUCUACUUGAUUUAUUAUAAUCUGAGAGAUCAUGGAGAAGAGCUUCCGUCGUUGCUGAUGCUCUACAUUAGUUCCCAUCUAGCUUAA